CCCGCCUACUUUCAUUCACUUCCGUCUCUGUGUCAACUGCGUUAGCGUCCCAGCACUGAGGUUCAAUGUGAACCAGGCGCUGGACUACAUCACAUUCAAAUCAGCACAGCUCGGACCUGGAGUCCGUUCAGACAGGAACGUCAGUCAAGCAUCCAUCGAGGGACCAUGUUCUAGUGGCUCGCGCUGGCUGUCCGACAAUACAAUGAACAAUGAGGACGAGUUCUAUGACGCCGUCACAGGCUUGGAUUCAGACGAGUCGUGUGAGGGCACUUCAGAAGCCAGCUUUAAAGAUGCAGUAGUGGAUGCUGGUGUUGAGAAAAACAAUGCCACUGUACAAGAGAAUGGAAUCAAGAAACGCAGGACAACCCUUCCUGCCAAGAUGUUCUCCAGAAAUAACUUCAGCGUAUGGAGCAUCCUGAAGAAAUGUAUAGGACUGGAGCUGUCUAAGAUCACCAUGCCCAUUGUGUUCAAUGAGCCACUGAGCUUUCUGCAGAGAAUCAGCGAGUACAUGGAGCACACAUACCUCAUCUCCAAAGCCUGUGCCGAGUCUGACUCCAUUGAGAGAAUGCAGGCUGUAGCUGCCUUUGCUGUGUCCGCUGUGGCCUCUCAGUGGGACAGAACUGGAAAGCCCUUUAACCCUCUCUUAGGGGAAACCUAUGAACUCAUACGAGAGGAUCAAGGCUACAGGCUGAUCUCAGAACAGGUUAGUCAUCACCCACCAAUCAGUGCGUUCCAUGCGGAGGGCCUAGCAGGCGACUUCCUGUUCCAUGGCUCUAUAUACCCAAAGCUCAAGUUCUGGGGCAAGAGUGUGGAAGCAGAACCAAAAGGAACCAUCACGUUAGAGCUCCUCAAGCACAAUGAGGCAUACACAUGGUCAAACCCUUUCUGCUGUGUACACAAUGUCAUUGUGGGCAAACUGUGGAUUGAACAAUACGGCACUGUAGAAAUACUGAAUCACAGUACUGGAGAUAAGUGUGUGCUGAACUUCAAACCCUGUGGGAUGUUUGGCAAAGAGCUGCACAGAGUGGAGGGAUACAUCCAGGAUAAAAGUAAGAAGAAGCUAUGUGUGAUCUAUGGGAAAUGGACAGAAUGCAUAUGGAGCGUAGACGCACAGGCAUACGAAUCUCAUCGCAGGAACGAUAAAAAAGGAGCUUCAGACACCAAGAAACAGAAACCGGAAGAAGCAGAUGUUGCAGAAAAUGAUGAAGCAGACGACAUGCCGGAGAUACAGGAGACUGUAGCUGUGAUCCCUGGAAGCACUCUACUCUGGAGAGUGUGUCCUAGGCCAUCUCACUCAGCAGAGAUGUAUAACUUUACUAACUUUGCUAUCACACUGAAUGAAUUGGAGUCUGGAAUGGAGGGCAUUUUACCCCAGACAGACUGCCGGCUACGACCCGAUAUACGAGCCAUGGAGAAUGGAGACAUGGAUGAAGCCAGCAGGGAGAAGGAGCGACUGGAGGAGAAGCAGAGAGCAGCUCGUAAAGAUAGGGCAAAGGAUAAUGAGGAAUGGUGUACUAGGUGGUUUCAACUGGGAACAAACCUACACACAGGAUCACAGGACUGGCUCUACACUGGAGGUUACUUUGAUAGGAACUACACAGACUGCCCUGAUAUUUACUAAUGAGAGACCAGCACUCACUUCCUUUCCUUCCUUUGCCACCACCACCACAGCAUUCAGCAUCACGUCAUAUCUCACAUGUUCUGCUGAUGCAGCAGCAUUAGUAGGUUUUCCUUCAUUCAACCAAAUAUAUUCAUCACACACUGCUUACUGUAUUUACCGAAACGUAACUUGUCUGGUCUGUAUUGAAAUCAGGGAUUUGAGCACUCAUUCGAGUUAAGCCUUUCUGAUGGGUGAAAGUGGACGACGUGAUUACACAACUCGGACUUUUUUUUUUCCUCUUUCUUUCUUUCUUUUUUUUUCGGUGAGGGUUUUUGCUGUGAGAGCACUGAUGUGUUUCCUAUAGAACAUAAGGAACAUGCUGAAGAAAAGAAGAGGGACUGGUGAUCAGAGAAUUGCCUUAUUCUCUGCCUUAGAACUCUUAAUACUCCCGUUACAUCCGUGUGCCGUGCUUCAUUCCAGUUUAUUGCUCCAUCACCAAACCUACAGCUCGAGCUCCAUAUUCAUCACAUUCUGUCACAUGGAUCUGAUUUUUCUAAUCAAACUCAAAUGUGCGUGAAACAAAAUAGUGGACAAACGUUUUUGACAUUUGAGAGCACUGAUAUGCUACAUACUUACCUGACCAACUGACCACUGUUAAAUAGUCAAAAGUGAACCAAAUCACCAUGAUAAAAAAAAAAAUGGGGAAAAAAACUAAUAUAAUAAUAAUAAUAAUGAACUGCUCUGGGUGUGAGUGUGUGUGCCUAUAUAGAAUAUUUCAGUUUAUGUAAAGGCCAACAUUCCUCAUGUGGAUGUACAUUGUAAUGUGAUGGUUUUUAAUUCUCAUGGCGGGGAAAAAGAUUUUUCUAGAGCAGAAAUAUUCACAUUAAAGUUCACAUUUUAAAAAAAUGCACCUAUAAAAUGUAUUGUUAAUGAUUACUGAGAGAUCGUUCUCGAAGUAUCAUGUGACGUGUGACCAUUUGUGUUGUGAUGACAAGAUUAGAAUUGCAAGAGGGAAAAAAAAAAGAUAAUAAUCAUGCACUCGGCAUCAUGCCUUAAUAGCAUCAACGUUGUGUUUUUGUUAGUAUGGUAGCAAUUCCUUGUGAUUUGGUUUUCACCCCUGUUCUCAAGACUUUUGCGUCUUGUUCUUUCCAUCAGUUUAGAGCACAUCUCAUUUCAGUUUCAUGCCUCAUCACUAUUCCUAGACUUGAGGGAAGUCACACACCUCUUGUAAGAGCAGUCUAUGCAACUCAUCAAAUGUUCGAAAUCCCUGUAUAUUUUCUUGUAUUGGGUCUGAAGCUAAAUAAAUAGUCCAUAGUUUAGUCUUACUGCAGACAAGUGUCUAUAGACAGUGUAAGGGAUUGUAAAAAUAAGCCCCCCCCCCCCCCCCGCGCCCACAAUAUAAUCUUAUUUUCUUUUCCUUUAAUCGCUGAAUCUCUAGUUAUGAUCUGUGAUCUGUGGAGUUGUCACCUUGACGUUUUCUCAGCACAGUGAUGCUAGAAUUUCAUGCGUUUUGAUUUUAAAUACCAAACUUUAUUUUUCUCCUUCAGUGCCUGAGUUUGAAUCACUGAUACUUGAUGUUUUGGUUGAUGUUUUUUUUUAUUAUUGUUUCUUAAUCAGUGUCAUGGGUGUUUUAAGAUUUCUUCACAAGUAUCCUCGCUUUUUUGUUCUGUCUUCCGUGUGCUUAAGCAAAUCUCACGUUCUUUUUCCUCUGUGAUUAACAGUUUCAAAUACUCAAGUCAGUGAGAAUUGUUGUCAGAUUUUCACACGCUGUAUGAUGUACACAUGCACAGUGCAUUACACUACUUGAUUGCCUCCAUUAAAUAAGUUGCUCCUCCAUCGAGUGUACAUUUGAUUAUAUGAAAUCUAGCAAUAUAAAACUUAUACAGAGUUUCUUGGG